GAGAAGAAGACAGAGAAGGAGGCAGACGCAUCACAUGUGAUCUAACGCUUCAGCAGCCGCGCGUUGACUGUGAAAGCCUCGCAUCUCUGGUGUGCCACGAUGCUGGCGGGACUGUUCCUCCUCUGCCUCACUGGAGCGGCGUUUGCCAGAAAACCUCCAGAUGUGAGGUGUAUUUUGGUGAAUCUGGAAUAUGUGCAGUGUACCUGGAACGGGCAAGGGACUCCAGACGUCAACUAUACCUUCUACAGCAAGUUCUACAAUGACAAAGGGUUCAGUGAGUGCCCCAACUAUAUCUCGGAGAGCAGCGCUGUCGUUGGAUGUAACAAGGCUUACCAAGACCUAUUAAGACUCAGGUUCUCUACUUUUCAGACAUCGUUGGUGUAUGGCAACUACACUUUUGAGCAGAGUCAUAAUGUCAAAUCAAAAGUCAAGCUAAAUCCACCAACCAACCUGACUGUCAAGAAUGCAACAGACUCCAACCUGUGGUUCUACUGGAACAUCACUGCUGGUGGAGGCUGUGUGGAGAGUGAGGUUCGCUUCAGACGCAACAACAAGAACUGGGAGUGUUAUAAACUCAGCCCUGGGAAGAAGAAUUACCCCAUCAACUUGCCCUCCAGCAGCAACCUCUAUGAGCUGCAAGUGAGGAGCCAUAUAGCCGAUCUCUGUGGCGAGUCUGAUUUCUGGAGUGAAUGGAGUCAGCCUGUGUUUUGGGGGUCCAUAUCCAACAGCACUGACAUUAAUCCACCAAUAUUGCCUGUGUGGGCUCCAGUGAUCUGUGUGGUGGGUGUCCUCGUCCUAAUUAUACUGGUCAUGUUGUUGGUGCAGCAUGAAAGGCUCAGAAUCAUCCUCAUCCCCGUUGUUCCCAAACCAGGCAAUCUGGAUGACAUCUUGAUCCAUCCCAAUGUAGAGGACUGGCUUCAUAUUUCCAAAGACCUGAAAGAGAGUUUCAAAGCUAAUUUCAACGAGCGCCCCUGCCCUGUCCGCGAGUACAGCCGUGUUCCUCAGUCCGCCAGCGAGAGCUCUGACAGCUCCACCUUUUCCACCACCACCGAUGAAACCGACUUCGCUGGCUCCAUCUCAGCAAGCGAAUCAGAGGAUCUGUCUACAUCCUGCUCCUCCACCUCCACUCUUCCUGUCUUGUCUGACCAAGAGCAGAUUGCUGUUUAAGAGGGGUCUGAUUGUCCUACAGUAUCUCACAGCAGAAAAUAUUACAAAAUAUCUACUUGAUUUAUAGUAAGUUACCUUCAUAAGAACAAAUCAAAUUUGUAUUUGAGAUACAUUGUAGCCCUGGGAGAAUCUAAGUCAAUUGCUUUACAAGGGGCAAACUAUGAAAGACCUAAGGAAGAAAAAAAAAAAAACAUGGGUAACCCAUGGCAAUCCAAAGUCUCCUUAAAAUGUCAGAUUAUUGUGUCAAAAAGUUAUCUUAGGGCACAUUGUCCAGCCUAUGAAUGUAACAAGUACUUAUUGAGCAUUUUAAAGUUUUCAUUUUGAGACACGUCUAUUUAUUUCAAGCUCACCUCAAAUAUGACCAUGUCUGUCACACAAAGCUCAUUUACUUUAAAUCCUUUGUUUCCCUCUUUUUCCGUAACACGCAAUUUUACUGAUUUAAGUCUCUGUUUAUUUAGCAGCAAUCGACUCUGGACGCAGAAAAAUAACUAGACAGCAUUCCAAUUGUUUAAAAUUCUUACAGUUUUGGCAAACUUUUCAAAAGAUCACUACCCUCAGCAACUAAUUGUUUUAGGGGUGUGUUUAAAGAUGUCAGAAUUCAUCACUGAAUUUACUGCAGGCAUACGUGAUGCAGUAAAACAUCUGAGAGAAACAUUUCACACCACUGCACCUCAUCACUUUAUGAAAUUUAUGGUGGAUCUAAUAUCUUGCAGUGCAGUGUUGUAUUGCAUAACAUGAGGCAUAAUGUAUAACAAAGUUUGACUGUAUUAAGUGCAUAUAAAGAGCAAAUGCACUGUAAGAGCCUUUUAAAAUUAGUGAAUUCAGAGUCUGGCUUCACUUCAGCAGGGUAUGUCAGUCCUUGAAUUAAAAAUAAAAUAAAAUGGCACAUAUUGAUCGCAAGACCAGGUAUGCCAAAGUUGAUACAGAUCUAUCUAUCUGUGUGUGUGUGUGUGUGUAUAUGUAUAUAUGUGUGUGUGUGUGUGUGUGUGUGUGUGUGUGUGUGUGUGUGUGUGUGGUUGUCGUAAUGUCCGUAUCAUUACAUGGUAAUUAGGUAAACCGACCUGUAAAUUUUUUUCCAAAGGACCACAACCAUUCACAGUGUUUAGUAGUAAUAAUAGUACAGUAAUAAUACCACAUUGUUUGUCUGUUCAGGGGUUCAAUCAUACACCAUUUCACAUGACUUCUGUCACUGAUCACUUGUUUCAGGGCAAGAAAUCAGUGUUUGGUGGGAUGACUGAAGAUUCAUUCCAGUUUUGUAUGGAGUAAGCCUAUGCAUUUUGGAGGAAAAGCUAUGAAAUUCAUUUUAGCAACUGAGGGUUGAACUCAGAAUGUUUUUGUUUUUUCUUUUUGAGCAUGUGUAUAGGCUAAACUACCUGCAGCAAGUAGUAAUGCAGACAGUCUUUCUUUUUUCAUUUUUCUUUUUUAAGAAUUGACAUGAUUUUUCAGCAUUUCUUAUUUUAGAAUUUAGUGUUUCAUUCAGUGGGAUGUGUUGUACUUGUAUUUGCAUAUUUUAAUCUAUAUUCAGAUAUACACCAAAUAAAAAAAAAUACAUCUGA